CACUGGGCCUUGCUGUGCGUCUCGCUGCUGAACUGCCUGCUCUCUGCCGCCUGCAGCCUGGGCUUGGCUCUGGCCAUCUCCCUCACCAUCGCCAGCAGGGGGCACCGCCUGAUGGUGGGAUGCAACAGCUCCGCCCUUCCUGCCGACGCCCGGGCUGCCAUCGCCACCAACGACUGCCCCUUCGACACCACCCGCAUCUACGACACGGCCCUGGCGCUUUGGUUCCCCUCCAUGGUGAUGGCUGCGGUGGAGGCUGUGCUCUCCGGCAGGUGCUGUGUGGUGUCCCUGAUCCUCCGCGGCAUCGGUCCCUGUGCAGACACCUACAUCCGCCAACAGCUGGAGGAAGAGACGGCGACAAAGAAGGUGGCAUCUGAGGACCGGCACAGGCAAGAGCUGUGCCAGCUGCUGGCUGUGGAGGACGGGGCCCGGGCCUAGUGGCAGAGGUGCUGCUCCAGGAACCCCCAGACCACAUCAGCCGGGAGUGGGGGGUGAAGCGCCCAUUAUGCUGAUGCUGACCCAUGGAAGAGGCAGGACCCAGGGCCAGGAGGGAGGGGGCAGCUGCCCCACCUGGCAGUCUUUUCCUUGGGGAGCAGGCUCCCUUCUCCUGUGGCAGGGUCCUGCUGGUAUCUGGGCUCCCGCGGCUGUCCCCCUCGUGCCCGGAGUGUGCCAGUCCUGCUGCUGCCAGCCCUCCCGGGGGUCUGCCCACCAUGCUUUGCUGAGUUCCCACCCCCCUAGGGCCAUGGGGGAAGGGAUCCCGCCAGAGACGCCAGUGGGGAGGGGGAGAAGCAGCCUGAGCAGGGACAUCUGGACAACCAGUGACCUCGCUGCAGGUGGGACUGGCCUUUCUCAGCUCCCCUCCCUCCACACCUGCCCCUUAGCUCGCCCCCCUCCCACUCACACACCCAGCUGUGGCAUGAGCCGGCUCUCACCCCGGCCCGCUGCGGGUGUGCUAGGCCCCGCCAAGUCUGCGGCGCUGGGGCUGUACUGCGCCUAGCACAAGGGGCCAGGGCUUGGCUGGCCCUCAGGCACCAGCCGAAUAAACACUGCCAAACCCUCAAUGGUUUGGGACCUGGUUCCCCAAGUGACUCCCCAAACCGGCUGCAAGCGAGAGCUCAGCUGGGUACAGCCCUUGGCAACUAGCCAGACUCAGCAACA